AUCAGCAGAGCGCGAUCAGCAAAGGAGGAAAAGACGCAAAGGAUUACCAUUUUUCUUCUUUAAUUUGUGAACUAUUACAUAAGGACAAAAAUAACGGUGUAAAUUGAACGUGUGCGCGGGUUAAGUGAUAUUUAUUUUAGUUUUAAAACCGAAAUUCAGGCGAAGCAAGCAAAGAGCUCAGACGCCUUCAUGAUGAGAUUAAAACUUCACUUGGCUCUUACGGCCGCAAUACUCUUAGCUGGCUGCCCGUUUAUUUACGCACAAGACGCCGCAUGGAGUGGCGGUUGGGAGCCUUCGAAGGAGUCAAUGCUGAGCAGACGCUCGACGGAGGAUGCAAAAACAGAUGGCGCAGCGGUACAGCCUGUAGAGGUGCAAGGUCGUAAUUACGGUGUACAUGAAUCGAUUUACAGCAAUGACACUAAUGUGGAUAUAAACGCCGUAAUCGAUCAGAUUAUCAAUUCCCGGCGCGAAGGACGUAUACUAUCCGACUACGAUCAAGUAUACGCUGAUGGCAAUAUCGAUCAGGCGCUUCAACAAGGCGAUGAUAUGCAAGCACGCAAUCUUAUACGUGAUAAGCUUUGCGGUCUCGGUUUGAUGAGUUGUGAUGUUGAAGAGAAACGGCCUUACUACUCGACAAUUUACGCACAAGGUCCACCACCCAGUUCGUUUGGUGGCGGCCCAUACGGCCCAGCUAGACCUAUGCCGCCUCCUGGUCACUUCAAUGGCCGUCCGCCACCACCACCACCGUCGUCGUUGAACUCUUUUGGCGGCCCGCCACGUAAAGUAGGUUAUGAGAACACUUACAAGCCGUCUUAUCGUCCAUCUGCACCUGGUGGCCCAGUUUAUAAUGGUCCAUACCUUGAGAAUCCACCACCAUCAGCAAUUGGCGGCACUGGGCCGAGUACAUUCAACAAACCACCACCUGGCGCUAUCAUUUACGGCAGCAAACCACCUGGUCCCGUCUUUAAUGGUAACUCGGACGCUGCACCACCACCACCGUAUGCUUUCGAAAAUCCAGCACUUGAUAAAAUCCAAGCUGCCGGCUCAAGCCAAUCGAAUUUCUACGCUCACCAAUCAUCGUCUGCCUCCUCAGCUUCUUCUUCGAAGGUUGUCGUCGGCAACUUGAAUGCUAUACCAGUGUCAGCACCAGCCGGUGGCUUACAACAGCAUGUGCAUCACCACUUCCACCACGUAGAGGGCGCCGAUGGUGUUCCUGGUGCUAAAGUGCCUACCGUACCCAUUCCAAUUGGCGCUGGGCAAUCGAUCAACACUGACUUUUCUGCACUUGCGCAAUCUUCAACUGCGUUCACACCACAAACUCAAGGUGGUUUCUCUGAAUCUAAUGCUUUUAAUGCCGGCUACAAUGGUGCUUCACAGGGAGGCUUACUCUCACAAGCUGCUUCUAACGGUGGUUUCAAUAACUACGAAAAACCACCCAGCGAUCUGUACAAACCUGCUGGUGGUCUAGGCAGUUUUGGUAAUGUUGGCGCUCAAGGAGUUUAUGAACAAGGUACUGGCGGAAGUGGCUUCGGACAAAGCGGCUUUGGCCAAUCGAACAACUUUGGCCAGAACAAUAAUUUCGGACAAUCCAGCAACUUUGGACAGUCAAGCGGUAGCUAUCAUAGCCAAAAUCCUGACUAUUAUAAGAAAGAGCUGCAAAACUUUGGCGGUAUUGGUACUUCUGCUGGUUAUAACGGCAUCGGCAACAACUUGGGCGGUCAGUACCAAGGUGGAUAUGACACCUCGCGGCAACAAAUCGUCGACUGUCAGUGCGUGCCAUUUAACCAGUGUCCUGCUGCCGAUCGUAUCGGACGCAAAGAGGAUUUGAUUUUGGCAAUUGACCCACGUAAUUUAGGCAAGGAUAUUGAGGCUUUAGGUGAUGAGACAGCUACGAAUGUUACCCUCAGCGCGACGGAAGAUAAAAAGGAAGAGGAGAAAGAUAAGGAAAGUAAGCGCAGCAAGCGUGAGGUGACAGCCGAGGACAAACAGUCUGAUGAUGCCGCAGCCGAUCUGCCGCUGGAUGCUGAAGGGCGCACUGGCAUACCCGAUAUUGCGGCCAUCGAGUUGAUAAAGCGUAAAAUUCUACCCACAUAUGGUGUUUCGUUUGGCUUGCCAUACCCCACCGGCGGUGGUGGCUAUCCCGCAAAUCCGCACGGCGACUUUUAUCCAGCACCGAAUCCGCACUUCGGUUCGAUCGGACCGAAUGGCUUGAAUCUAGGUCUUUUAAAUGUAAAUCCUUUGGUAUCCGUACAGGUCAGCAAAACCGAGUUCGGUGACAAAGUCGUUAAGCCACUGGUUAAUCUACAUGUCACGCCCAAUGCGAAUAUAUUUGAGAAAGUCGGCGAAUUGUUUAAAUCAAAACCCGAGUACAUUCAUAACACACAUUACCAUCAUCACGAUCAUUACAGUGGUUUCGAGCAUGAUCAUCAUUCACAUCCGCAUGAAAUUACCGCUCCUGGUCCCAUCUAUGGCGGCACAGGACCCGGCGCUCAUAUUAUUGAUGUGGUGGCGAGUAAACCGAUAUACGAACAUCACAGCACUGUAACGGCACCGGCAAGCUCAAUAAUUAACAGCGGUUUUCUCCAUCAACAGCAACAUUACGCGUCGCAACACACAUCCUUCGGUACAACUUCUGGUGCGAAUAUUUAUGCGGGACCUUCUGCCAUCGGUGGUGGUUCCCCACACUUCGGUAGCUCGAUAUCGAGCGGCUUCGGUACAAGUGGUCAUGGCUCUGGGCAUUUUGACAGCUCCGCGCAAAAUGUAUUUGCGCCCAGUGGCCAUGGCGCACCACACUUCAGUGGUUCUUUCCCAAUUGGGUUUGGCACAAGUAGCCAUGCCGCACCGACCUAUGGUGGCGGUUAUUCAAGUGGGUUUGGCACGAGUGGACACAGUGGUGAACUUUUCGCCAACGAGCAUUACAAUGCAUACGAGGAGCGCAGUUCCAAUCAAAGCGUGGCAUUUAGGGGACCUGGUCCUAAACAUCAAGACUUAAAUCAAUCUGAUAAUCGCAGGGGUAAAAGCUUACGUUAUCAACACAACUUACCUCCGAUACCUGCUCAAGCGCCUGGCGCUGCAGAAGGCAGUGACUAUGUUACCUUUCCACGUGAUCGGCGACGACGCGAUGUGGUUGAUCAUGAAGAGUCUGCGGAACGUAGAGAGAGUGUACUGGCACGUACGGUAAAAGCAGAACAGCGCGCAUACUACGGCAACCGUCCAGUUGAGAAGACCUGCCGCGUCAAUGAAGUCUGCUGUCGUCGUCCAUUGCGUCCAGCGCCUCAACAACAACUCGGACGUUGUGGUACACGCAAUGCUGCUGGCAUUACUGGUCGCAUCAAGAACCCAUCAUACAUUGAUGGUGACAGUGAGUUCGGCGAGUAUCCCUGGCAUGUGGCCAUCUUGAAGAAAGACCCUAAGGAAUCGAUUUACGCUUGCGGUGCCACAUUGAUCGAUGCACAACACGUGAUCACUGCGGCUCAUUGUAUUAAAUCACAAAACGGCUUUGAUUUGCGCGCUCGUCUCGGUGAAUGGGAUGUUAAUCACGAUGUCGAAUUUUUCCCAUACAUUGAACGUGACGUUGUCUCAGUACACAUUCAUCCCGAAUACUAUGCCGGUACUUUGGACAAUGAUUUGGCUGUACUGAAACUUGAUCAUCCCGUUGACUUCACCAAAAAUCCACACAUCAGUCCAGCUUGCUUACCAGACAAGUACUCCGAUUUUACUGGCUCCCGUUGUUGGACCACCGGUUGGGGUAAGGAUGCCUUCGGUGAACAUGGCAAAUAUCAAAAUAUCCUUAAGGAAGUCGAUGUACCAAUCUUGUCUCAUCAUCAAUGCGAGUCACAGCUGCGACAAACUCGUCUCGGUUACAGUUACAAACUGAAUCCCGGCUUUGUUUGUGCUGGCGGUGAGGAGGGCAAGGAUGCUUGCAAGGGUGAUGGUGGUGGUCCAUUGGUAUGUGAGCGUAAUGGCAUUUGGAAUGUGGUCGGUGUUGUAUCCUGGGGUAUCGGUUGCGGUCAAGCCAACGUACCCGGCGUGUAUGUACGCGUUUCACAUUACUUGGACUGGAUUCGCCAAAUUACGCAAUACUAUAAAUGAGUAGCGGUACCAGCGAUGACGACUCCUGUAUUGGCUACCACAACAGCCUACCACAGCAGUCAGUCGCCAAACCGAGAUGUGUUCCACUUUCACUUUCGAUAAGCCAUCGUUAUAUUUUUUGUUUUUUCGUUUCGUAAUAGUAACGUCGGAGCGCGACGAGUAAAGGAGUAUAUGUUAAUGAUAUUAUUUAUUUUUGUUAGUGUUGUAAGUGUAGGCACAUAUGUAAGUGAGUAAGUGCUCUUCAGUGCGACUGUUUGUUUUUGAUAAUUUUGAUUUCCUUUUUCUUUGUAUAUAUGUGUGUACGUAUUUAUUAUUACCUCACAAUGCUUCUGCUAAAUUAUUAUUUGUUGGUUCGCCUUGACACCGUACGCGGUAGGAGGCUGCUGCGAAAGCUUUCAACGUCUUUAAAUUAUUGUAUUUAAUUAAUUGUACGACACUUAAA